GACCAGAAAAGGAGCAGAGGAAACAGGCAGGCAUCUGGACAGGAGCACAUGAACUAAGCACGUUAUUAGGAACCAAUCAAGGAACAAUUGACCAGCAGGCUGGAUCAGAGCUAGUGAACUUAAUAACUAAUCACCAGUGGCAGAAGUGGCAAGCAUAUUUAAUGUCAUUUACAGGCAUCAAAGACCAAGAAAUAUUAAAAACAUGCUAUGGAAUUAAUUUCGGGGGAAGAUGAUUGUCUUUGCCAGAGAGAGAUGUACUGCGUGGAGCGGCCAGUAUUCACCCAGGAAUAUGUAGAGGAACAGCUGCAUUUGCGGAAAGAUGAGCCAAAAUCACUUGUUCAUAAAAUUAAACAGUCAUGUCGAUGCACUUCCAAAAAGGCAAAAUCACAACUUUACAGUUUUAUUCCAAUACUAAAAUGGUUGCCACGAUAUCCAGUAAAGGAGUAUCUCUUAGGAGAUGUGAUAUCAGGGCUGAGCACUGGCGUGAUGCAACUUCCACAAGGUUUGGCUUAUGCUUUGCUGGCUGGCGUUCCACCAGUCUAUGGAUUAUAUUCUUCAUUUUAUCCAGUUUUCCUCUACACAUUCUUUGGAUCAUCACGGCACAUCUCAAUAGGUACCUUUGCAGUGAUAAGCUUAAUGAUUGGUGGUGUCGCUGUAAGAAUCGCACCUGAUGAAAUGUUUGAUAUAAUGCCAGCAAAUGGUACAAACAGCACUGACUUUGACGAAAAGAUUGAAGCAAGAGACGCAAUGAGAGUGAAAGUAGUCGUUGCUCUUACUUUGCUUUCAGGGAUCAUUCAGCUGUGUCUAGGCAUCCUUCGAUUUGGCUUUGUUGCCAUCUACCUGACUGAGCCUUUGGUACGAGGCUUCACAACUGCAGCUGCGGUACAUGUCUUCACGUCUCAGCUAAAAUAUCUCUUAGGGGUCAAAACUAAAAGAUUCAGAGAGCCUCUGGCAGUAAUAUUUAGCUUUGCUGCUGUGCUAUCAAAUAUCAUGACAGUGAAUGUUGCCACCUUGAUUUUGGGUUUAUCGUGUAUCUUAUUACUGCUGGGAGCCAAAGAAAUUAAUGAUCGCUUCAAGAAGAAACUGCCAGUUCCUAUUCCCAUGGAGAUUAUUGUUGUAAUAGUUUCAACUGGGGUCUCUGCGGGGCUAAACCUUGAAGAAUCUCAUGCGGUAGCUGUUGUUGGCAAGAUCCCCACUGGGUUCAGCCCACCUGGACUCCCUGACAUCACUCUGUUCAAAGAAGUGUUUGUGGAUGCAGUGGCUAUUGCCAUCGUCGGAUUUUCCAUGACCAUUUCAAUGGCCAAAAUAUUUGCCCUUAAGCAUGGCUAUGAGGUCAGUGGCAAUCAGGAACUUAUUGCUCUUGGAGUUUGCAACUCCGUGGGUUCCUUCUUUCAGACAUUUUCUGUGACCUGCUCGAUGUCUCGUAGCCUUGUCCAAGAGAGCACUGGAGGAAAUACCCAGAUUGCAGGUUUGUUGUCAUCAUUGAUGGUGCUUUUGGUAAUAGUGGUCAUUGGGUACCUUUUCCAGCCAUUACCACAGACUGUGCUAGCAGCUAUUGUGAUGGUGAACCUUAAAGGAAUGUUUAAGCAGUUUGCAGAUAUUCCACAUUUAUGGCGGACCAGCAGGCUGGAACUGAGUAUCUGGGUGGUAUCGUUUUUGGCUUCUGUUUCGCUAGGGCUAGACUAUGGGUUACUCGUUGCAGUAACAUUUGCUAUUUUAACAGUGAUCUACCGUACUCAAAGUCCACAGUAUAGAAUCCUUGGGCAGGUUCCAAACACAGACAUUUACUGUGAUGUGGAACAAUAUGAAGAGGUGAAAGAAUUCACUGAUAUUAAAAUAUUUCAAGCCAACACCUCUCUUUAUUUUGCCAACAGUGAGCUGUACGUCAGUGCCUUAAGGAAAAAGACAGGAAUUGAUCCAGCUGCUAUAUUGAUUGCAAAGAAAAAAGCCCAGAAGAGGCACGCCAGAGAAAUGAAGAAAGCAAACAAAACAGAAAAAAAAGCCGUCUUGAAACUUACUAAUGAUGUGGAGAUGGCUGUUAAACAUGAAUUAAUGAAUGAUGACUCAAUCAUAGAUAUGGCAGCAAAUGGAAGGAACGGAUUAUCUGAAAGAAACUUACACAAUACUCCCUCUGAUGAGCUGGAAUACUUCAUGACUCCAAUCAUCAGUGUUCAUUGGAUCAUUCUGGAUUUCACUCCAGUUAACUUUGUUGACUCUGUUGGAGUCAAAACACUGAAAUCUAUAAUUAAGGAAUAUAAAGAAAUCGGUGUUACUGUCCUUGUAUCAGGCUGCAGUGGACUGGUUGUUAAAGACCUGACAAGUUUAAAUUUCUUUGAUCCAUCAAACAAGAGAGACAUCUUGUUUCAUAGUAUUCAUGAUGCUGUGAUCCACUGUAAGCUGAAAGCUUCCUCAUCGGCUCUGACCUCCUCAGAAGAACAGGUUCUCAGCUCAGAUACACAGAGUCAGAUCUAAGCUCCAUCUACAAUAACCGAAAUAUUGCCUCAGCCCCUUCCUUACUCCCCAUUUCUUAUCAUAUUUAAGGAAAUCGCCUUACUUUUCUGAUACACAAAGUAGGCAACUAACCUGUGGAAAUGAGGGGUGUGUUUUUGCCGUAGGAAGGGAUGCAAGCAAUGCAUUCUGUGAAUUCAGCUUAUUUAUUAACUUUAAUGGUGCAAAUAGAAAACAUUUAUCAGGUUUGCACUACUGUUGUCUGGGUACUCAAUUUUACCCCUUCUUUGCUACUGGUAGCAGAGGAGAUAAGGGCUUUUGGGGAAGGGGAGAAGGUCAUCCAGUGUUUUUCAUUUAUUAUGUAUGUGUAUUGUUAAUGGUUAAUCACAAUGUGAUUGUCACUUUUCCAUGGAAAACACACCAGCCCUUUCCACUUCUGCAAUACUGUUCCACCCCUUGUCAAGUCAGAAGUGCCCCAGAAGCCACCUGAAUUUUAUUGUUGCUGUAUCCCAAUGGAUACUCAACUAUUCCUGCACUUACUGUGCCUACCAUUACAAGCUGAGGAGUGGUUUUCUGUAUUGCAGGUGCAGGCCAGUCAGGAAAUACUCACUAGCAGAGCUAUCGACGAGUUUCACCAAAUACAGAGUUAAAAAAAAAAAAAACUUUCCUGCUGGGUGGGUUUUAGAAUUAUUAAAAAAUAAAUAAUUCUACACAUUUGUUAAAUGUGUAAUUAACAUUUAAAAUAUCUAUUUCUAGGGGCUGUCCCUUUUCAUUGUCACUAUUAAUUUAAAGGCAGUCCUCACUAAAUACCCCUCACCCCCCCCCCCAAACAAAAAUGCUGUGCCACUGCCUAAUGUAGAUAUAUAUAUAAUAUAUAUAAAUAGUUGUUGUAUCUGUGCUGUAAUGGCUCUGUUAGUAACUAUUUUAGUCAUGCCCACCACUCAGCUCUCUAGUUGCAGGACUUAAGUUGCCUUAAGAAAUAUAUAUAUAUAGUUAUAUACCCUUGUACCCUAAAUGGUGUGUUCACAAUGUUUAUACCGCCAACAGUUGACGAGAAGUGCUGCAAGGACAAAACAUACAUUUUAACUGAAAAAAUAUUUAAGAGCAAAAAUGCCUUAAUGCCGUUUUAACUGUGACUUUUCUCACCCAGUCUCCACUUUACUUUAUUCUCUAUAAAAUAGCGCCUAUAUUUAUAUAUCUGUUAAAUGAAAGUGAUUGUGUGAAAAUUCACAGAUUUUUAGAAAAUCCUAAACUGUGUGUAAGUGUUAAUGAUUGUCUGUUACACUUGCUGAAGGUUUAUAUUUAUACAUGCUUUUGGAAGGAAUUCGCUAUUGCUUUUAGUUGGAUCUGAAAAGUUUUGUUGACGUGAAGUUGUGUGUUUCUCGUGGGACACACCAACUGAAUAAUCAUGGUACCAUGUUUUUAAUGCAGAAACGGAGGAUGUACAAGUAGUGCACCAGCUAGCUGCAGGUUGAACAUUGGAAGCAAUUAUCUGAUUUGCCAUUGUGCAAAUUUGCCCCAUGUCUGUUACAAUUUAUGAACCCCAGGACUAGUUAUAAACCCUAAAGCAGCUGUCCAUAGAGAACCUCUGGAUUGUUGUUUUGAUAGUUACAAAUAAAAGCCACAGUACUGGAAUUCCAUUUAAGAAGUCUGUUGAGUCUUUCAGACCAAUGGAAAAUGCUCCUGUUAUUGUACUUUGCUGGCACAAAUAAAGUAACAUACAAUUCCUUCUCUCUAAGCAGACUGGAUUUCCAGAAACCCUUGACCAGUGCCAUGAAAAUGUCAAUCCCUGACAUUAACUGAGUAGCCUACUUGGUCAGUAAUGCCUCAGGUAUGGAGCAAGUUACAGUAACUGACAGCAUAAAGGGAGAUCACCCUGGUGUAGAACAGCUUUGAAACAUUAGCUGAAAGUAAUGGGGGUCUGGAACAAAUGGUUUCCAUUUAUAGAGUUUGGGGCUUGUUUGUGAUUAUGGGGAAAGUAAGAGGGCUCCAACAUCAGUUAAUUUUAUAUUGUCUUACAGAGGAGAACAGACUGUAUUAUUUUUUCAAUACAAUGAUUCUAGUACAGUGGUGUCCCUGCCCUAUGGAACUUCUAGUGUUUGUGUCCCCAACAAUUAUGUAGUUUGCCCAGGUUUACAAGUAAUUGACAUAGGAACUGAGUCUGAUAUCUUAACUGCUGAGAUUACAUUUGGCUUUGCUGCAGUGUUUUAACCACCCAUUACUCACUGCUCCUGAAUGAAAACAUUUAAAUAGUUUAACUGGGCAAUCUGUGGCACUGCAGAUAUUCCAGAACUAUAGCUAUUAUUGCAGUGGGUUCACUUGUAGAGGGAUGAUAAAGUUCUGUAAUAUAUGCAGCAUAUCGUUAUGAUGAGAUGUGGCAGGGUCUGCAAACACAUUGCCCAUAAAAUGCGUUUGCCCAAAUGAGCAGUCAAAUUUCUUCUACCGAAUCAUAUUUGAAUUAUUCACCUAGGAAACCAGAGUUUAGUACAAAUUGUGUAUUUUAUCACAGUGUUAACUGGAUUAACGCGAGUGCAAUAUUUCUAUAUCAGGUAUGUUUAGUACCGAGAUUAAAGCAACUAUUUUUGUAAAACUGGAGUCUGUGUGAAAGUACAUUAUUCAUGCUAGAAAUUAGACAUACAUAUCCAUCCAUCUAAAGAAUCCUUACAUGCCACUGAGGCAAUAUCAUCUGUACUUAUAGGCUCAGUAUGGCACAUAGGUUAGAGUUCUUUUUAAAUGUACAUACACACAUAUAUGGCACAAUUCUGAAUAUGGUUAAAAGAACAGUAACACCAAAAAAUUUAAGUACAAUGUUCUGUUGCCCUGCACUGGUAAAAGUUGUGUGUUUGCUUUAGAAACCCUACUAUAUAGUUUAUAUAAAUAAGCUGCCAUGGGGACAGCCAUUCAUGCUGGGAAAAGGGUUACAUAGCAGAUGGCAAUCUAUGCAGUUUCUGUUAUCUGCUAUGUAACCUUUUUCCCAGCAUGAAUGGCUGCCCCCAUGGCACCUAACAUAUGAACUAUAGUAGGGUUUCUAAAGCAAACAUACAACUUUUACCAGUGCAGGGCAGCAGUAUAUAUAACAGUUAAGUUGGGUUGAAAAAAGACAUCAAGUUAAUUACUUUGAUACUUUCAUUUUUUUGGUGUUACUGUUUCUUUAAUAGAGUCCAUUGGUGCUGAACUGCCACUACUGAAUUGCCUUGCCCUGUGCCACAUGGAGAUGUUCAGCCAAUAAAAUGAAAGCUAAUUCUCCUCAUGAAAGGUAUUGCUGAGACUUUGCCAGAGUAAACUGUUCAUCUCAGAAUUGUUUUAAAAUUAAAAAGUGCUAAAACUAAAAUUAUUUUGAUAAAUGUUAUGUUUACUUAUUAUUUAAAGAAACUGUGUACUUUAUUUGCGGAUAGUAUAUUUUUAUAGAUGUAUAUUUUUAUGUUCUUUAUUGAAAGUAAAUUGUCUUGCUAUGGGAGAUGUUACUAUUUGUUAAUACAAAACAUGGAGCUUGGGUUUCUUGAAUCAAAUAAAAUCAUUCAUUGAAAACUA